AACAAACUCAAAUCAUGAAGACCGUAUUACUUAUUUUGUUGAAGAGAGUCGGAAACGCUUAUAGAUUAUGCUUUACGACGUUAUUACAGUGAGUUGCUUGCUUCACACUCACACACACUAGUUUUGUUGUUCACAGCAACUUCUUUACUGGUCCUUUUCUUCCUCGUAAGUGUUGUAUCGGUAAAUUAAAAAUAAAUCCCAAUGUUUCGAGCCGCUCAAAGCAGCAGCCUAUUCCCUUUUCUAAAUUCAGAGCGAGUAAAAACCAUGUGCUGUCCCCUCUGUUACAUUCCUGCCGCUGCCGCCACGUCCAGCCUUGCAAGCUACGGGCUGAGCACACAGGAAGAAGUUAUCUGCGGUGUGCCGUUUCUCUCCGGCUUAAUCGUGAGCAAAAUUGCGUUUCCAAAACGAAACGCCUCAAGCAGGGGGAAGCUCGCGAGCUUCGUCGGCGCGUAUUUGGUACUGGGGAGCGCGGCGAGGUACUUGGCAUACAGGAUGGCAGGGGGAGCUGGAACUGCUACUGUGCCUGCUCAGGAGGUGGCCGAGGGGAAAACGAAAAACGUGAUCGACAGGUCUAAGAUUGUAGACACCCCAGCUGGUCCCGGGCUGCCAACUGCUAGGACAGGAUUAGAUGGGGUCCAAGUCGCAGCAGAUGGUUGCACCAAAAGUGUAGACGUCGUCCAGAGUACCUGCCAGAACCAAAACCUAUCCAAACUUUGACUUGUUUUGGAACGGAGUAGAAGCCAUCAGGACGAGCGUGGACUCCUCUUCCAGCUAACACAUUUGGAAGGAAGAAAAAGAAAACCGAAACGAUGCUCACGCAGAAGUCAAGUGGUAUUGCGAUGGCCACUGGCGCCAGUAAACACGAUUUUUGAACGCAGGGCUAGAUAUGUCCUUCUUGACGAGUGGUUUCAAUGGCCGAUAUUAAAGAUGUAGUGACUAGUAGAGUCGUGAAGAAUUUGCAUUUGUUGAAGACUUCGCCACGACCCAUGGCCUCUCUGCAGGAUGAGAUGAAAGAAAACGCACUCACUACAGAGGAUAAAUUCAAAUGCCCUACCAGCGCGAUUUCAUAUCUUCGCUCUUGUUGCAGCCGCCGCCGCGGCGACGUUCAAUGAAUAAUGUUUGGCUGCGCUGUAUCAAUUAUAUCACGAGAAUUAUUCUGUUUCCUCUAUCGUAGGUAAUUCACCGAGUGGAUCUCGUCCUGUCCUCCUCAUGAUUGCCUUUUUCGUCGUCCCGAAGAUGUUUCAUGAAAACGCGAACGCCGGCGCUUAUCUGUUUGAUGUGUUCCAUUA